ACUAGAGUCAAAUCAUUCAUUAAUUUCAACACAAAUAACGUUUCAAUCAUUUGAACCGCAAAUGAGUGAGCGUUGAGUGACUGACAACACGUGUUCACACAUUUGCCACACAUUUAACUCACAAUUCAUUUGAUUUGUGUUUAAAUUGAAAUCAAUUUUGUAUUUUUUUUAAUCAUAACUUAAUCCCAAGAAUUGGACACAAAAUGGCGGAACAAAUGCAACACAAGAUUAAGCAAAUGCUUCGGGGAAUCGAUCGCUACAAUCCCAACAAUUUGGGUCAUUUGGAGACAUAUGUGUUGAGACAAUCGUUGGACAACUACUAUGACUUGGAGGCAAAUCUAGCGGUCCUUAAGUUAUAUCAAUUCAAUCCGAAAGAGACAAAGAAGGAGACAGUGAUCGCCAUUUUGUUGAAGGCAUUGACAGCACUUCCCAACACUGACUUUGUUCUCUGCAAAUGUCUCAUCGACUCGACUCUCUUGGAGGACGAGACCAUUGCUCUGAUAACGAGUUUACAUAAUCUGCUGGAAACGUGUCGUUUCCAACAUUUCUGGGGAGAGUUGUCGGCAAAACCUGAUCUCAUUCGUGGCAUCAAUGGCUUCGAGAACUCUAUCAGAAAAUUCAUUUGUCAUGUCAUUCAAAUCACAUACCAGACCAUUGAGAAGUCGACUCUUCGGUUACUGUUAGGAGGUUUAGCUGACAAUCAAUUAAACCAAUGGAUGACUCAAAGCGGUUGGAAAGACAUUGAGAACGGAUUUGUUUUCAUUGCCAAUCAGGAGGAGAACAUCAAGACUAAGAACAUCACUGAGAAGAUAGACCUCGAAAAUGUGGCACAAGUUAUCGCUGCUUAUCGGUAGAGCACAGCUGGAGCUCACACUCAGCUCACUAUUAUUUGCUAAUAUUUUGCAAAUGUUAUCCAAUUCUGUGGUCAUUUCAAAAUCAAUGUAACUAUUAAUUUAAUAAAUAUUGUCUAAAUAAUAUGCAAAUGUUUGGUCAGAAGUUCUACCAUUUGUUUUCCAAAUGAAUAUUACGACACAAUUAAAAAGUGAA